CAUCAACCAAACUCCAAAUAUUAACACCUCAUAUUCAUAGUCAGAGCAACAUACAACAAGCUUUAAGAACAAAAAGACACAUACAACAAGCUUUAAGAAUAAAAAGACACAGUAGGCGAUGCAGGCCAUGUUCUCAUCAUAAUAAACCAACAAAAUGGCAAAAAUAGAUCAUUAAGGAUCACUAACAAAUAAUUAACUAAUUCACAUCGAGUUGAAAAACUUAGCAAGAUAGUGCCAUUUCCUUGUGCCAAUGAAAUCAAACAAGUUCUAAGUUCUUGCCAAUUGAAGUUGUAAACAAGGGGAUUAAAAAUAUUGCAUGCAUAAUAAACUAAUGUGGCCGGAAGGAAUCUUUAUGUGAAGUUUGGCAGCAUAUAUAUAUAUUAGCUAUUGGUUGCAGUAAUACAAAAGCCUUUGCUGGAAUUCAGGUUUCAGAAAAUAGAGUGCUAUGGAACUACUCAUCUUACCAGCUGCUGCGCUGGUAUUGCUGAUGGUUGUGUUAAGCUUGUUUAUAUGGCUGCUCUUGCAACCACACAGAGGAGAGAUAGAAAAGAUACCUGGAACCAUGGGUUGGCCAAUUGUUGGGGAGAGUUUCUCCUUCCUGUCUGACUUCUCUAGUCCAUCUGGAAUAUUUAGCUUCAUGAGAAAUAGGCAGCAGAGGUAUGGCAAAGUGUUUAAAACCAGUGUGCUAGGGAGGUUUACGGUGUUCAUGACCGGAAGGGAUGCAGCCAAAAUAUUGUUGUCCGGAAAAGAUGGAAUGGUGAGCUUGAAUUUGUUCUAUACUGGGAAGCAAGUUUUAGGGCCACAAAGCUUAUUGACAACUUCUGGAGAGGAGCACAAGCGAUUGCGGAGACUAAUUGCUGAUCCGCUAUCGGUUGAUGCCCUGAAAAAAUACUUCCAAUUUAUUGAUGAUCUUGCCAUCAGGACAUUAGAAGGGUGGACUGGACGUACUGUGUUUGUGCUUGAAGAAGCAUCCACGUUCACUCUAAAAGUUAUAGGCAAUAUGAUAAUGAGUUUAGAGCCAGAAGGAACUGAGCAAGAGAACUUCCGUGCAAACUUCAAGAUAAUAUCAUCCUGCUUUGCAUCUCUGCCAUUUAAAAUUCCAGGGACAGCAUUCUAUCGAGGUCUAGAGGCAAGAAAUCGGAUGUAUGCAAUGUUGGAUAAUAUAAUAUCUAGGAGAAGAAGUGGCGAAGAUAUUCAGCAUGAUUUCUUGCAAACACUGUUAAGAAAGCAUAGCAGAGCAGCCGGGGAAACUGAUGAAGAUUCAGAGAAACUUACAGAUUCACAGCUGAAGGACAACAUUUUGACUCUGCUGGUUGCAGGCCAUGACACCACAACAUCAGCUCUUACAUGGCUUGUCAAGUUCCUAGGAGAAAAUCCUGAUGUUCUGCAGAAACUCAGAGAAGAACACAAAGGAAUUCAAGAAAAGAGAAAUGGUGGAAUGCAUCUCACCUGGUCAGAAGUCCAUACAAUGCCUUACACAAACAAGGUUAUCAGUGAGACACUUCGCAGAGCUACAAUCUUACCUUGGUAUUCCAGAAAAGCUGCACAAGACUUCAAUAUUGAUGGGUAUGAUAUUAAAGAAGGAUGGUCUGUCAAUCUUGAUGUAGUCUCCAUUCAUCAUGAUCCAAAAUUUUUCCCAAAUCCUGAGAAGUUUGACCCUUCAAGAUUUGAUGAACCUUUAAAACCCUUCAGCUUCUUGGGAUUUGGUAGUGGACCACGCAUGUGCCCAGGGCUAAACUUGGCCAAACUGGAGAUCUGUGUUUUCAUCCAUCAUCUAGUCUGCAGAUACAAGUGGAUUCCUCUGAAAAAUGAUGACUCUGUCUGUCCAACACUAGUUCGCAUGCCAAAGAGCAAAUACCCAAUUGCUGUUGAGGCUCUAUAGAAAACUUUCUUCUAGUGUUAUAAAUGUACAUGAAAUAAUGAGUUUGAAUAGCAGCCUCCUGUUUGGUUGGCAUGCUGCAAAGAUCCUUG